AUGUCCACUCCCCAACAUGAUGUCCCCGCCUCUUCGCCAGAAAGUAGUGCGGAGAUCACAUCACCUAAGGCAUCACCAACUACUAAAACGGGUCGCAAACUACCCGCCUGGUUGGAUCAUUUCAAUGCGCGCGACUUGAAAGUUUUGUUUCGCUGCAGUGUGGCAGCAUGGAUCGCGUCGCUGUUAAUAGUCAUCAGCCCGUCUUUGGAGACGAUUGGGACCGCAACUUUCUUCGCAACACUGGUGCUUUUCAUGGUACCUCCAGCCGGCAUUGUCUUCAUCUUCAUCCUGGGAGCGCUGACCCUCAUAGUCGGUAUGGCUAUCGGAUGGGCAUGGGGCGUUAUCGCCAUGAAGGCUGCCCUGGCAGCGCGACCUGCAGCUGAGACGCAAGCUAAACUACAAGCACUGGGGAAACUGGCGUAUAGUGAAGCCAACUCAACUGGCCAGAGCGUUGCAGUUGUCGAAGAGCUACUCAUUUUCAAUGGCUUUAUGUUAGAUGCGCGCGUCAGUGCAGUCUACAUUUGUCUUAUCUGCGUCAUGGUCUACUUCCUGGCCCGUCUGCGUGCGAAGAAUCCCAAGUUCACCUUGACCGCGAUCUUUGGUAUGAUUAUUAUGGACAUUCCCUUAACGAUCGGUCCUCUACUUUCUUCUUUUGAUGGAACCCUUGCAAAGACAUUAGUUGAGCCUGCUGCUAUUGGCAUUGGUAUCGGACUGGCUUGUCAAGUGCUCUUAUUCCCCAAAUCCACUUCCUCCACCGUUCUUGACGGCUUCGAGGGACUUACUCGACUGCUGAAAGGCCCAUUGAAUGUGGCAGUGGCCGGUUUGAUCGAGAAAGAACCACUUGCAUUGGCGGAUUUGCUAAGCCUUAAAAUGAAGGCCAUCGAUACGUACAAGAAAAUCAUGCCUGCGCUUGGGUUCCUCCCGUUGGACUUUUCCGUCGGUCGGUGGGGCGCUGAUGAUAUCAAGAGUUUGAAGGAUCCCCUCCGACAAGCCUCACUUACUUCCUUGUCACUACUGGAGUUCUUCAUUGCACGUAUAGGAGGUGAGGAGAAAGUUGAGAAGCUCCGCUCAAUCUCGACAGACAAGGAUGAUUUCUCAAACGAUGCAAUUGAUGAAAAACGGCCGCGCUCAGCUGGCAUGCGGCAGCUGAUGGAAAGCGUUCGUCUUGUGCGGGCAUUUCAAAGCCCCGAACACGAAUCUCUUCGAUUGGAAAUGAUCGAGGCCAUGCGAAUCACCAGCGAGAAGAUUCUACCGGCAUGCCAAGAGGCAGUUAGUGUGGUUGCUGACGCUCUGCACGCGGUCAAUUCUGGCCGCUGGUUUGGACGAGCGACAAAACAAAGCAUGGACGAGCUCACUGAACGCGUCAGAUCAGCUCUAGAGAUACUCAAGGCUGAGCGUCUUGCAUUUGCGUCCGAAUUCACCGAAAAACUCAUACAGACCAAUGCGGAUAUAUUUGAUCAAAGUGGUAAACUGAAGGAUCUGGAAGAUUCAUCCAUCAGUCGAGUGCGAGCACUCACAGUUGCCAUGGUCUUCCAAGAACAUCUUCUUGGUGUUGCUGGAGCCUGGGAACAGGUACUGGACCAACUAGUACCUCUCAUGACAGAACGACAGAAGACCAGGCUAUGGCUUCCAAAUGGACUGCGAUAUGCCGUGGAUUGGGUUCUCCGACAAAAUAGCGUUGCACCUGUCAAUGUUGCACAGUCAUCCGAUGCUGAUCCCGAAGCCGUUGAAGCACACUCUAAAGCAGCCCACCAGAGUCUCCGCAUGAGUCGAGGAUACCGAGUCAAACAACGCAGCGGUCUUGGACGCGCGAUAAUUGGCACCCACCACUGGCUCGGCAAUGCAGAGGGUAUGUUCGCUCUGCGCAUGGUAGUUGUGACAGUUGCCCUCACUAUCCCAGCGGUCAUUCCAUCCUCUGCAGGCUUUUAUUACCGUGAAAAGGGCCUUUGGGCACUGAUCAUGGCACAAACCUCGCUUGUCGUGUAUAUGCCCGAUUUCAUACUCGCACUCGUCUCUCGUACCAUUGGGACUGUCCUGGGCGGCGUGGCCGGGUUGGUGGCUUGGUAUAUCGGCUCCGGCAAUGGCAAUGGCAACCCGUACGGCCUCGCAGCAGUUUUGGCAGUUACCCUCCCAAUGUUUAUGUGGGGACGCAUCUUUUUCCCUCCAAUCCUUCUGCAAGCUGCGAUAAUGGGCUGUGCAACCUUUAUCCUGGUUGUUGGAUAUAGCUACGACGAUACGCACAUUGCGGCAUAUGGCAACCCUGGCCAUGGAUAUACUGUUUUCUGGCGACGACUUGUUCUUGUUCUUAUCGGGUCCGCUGCCGCGCUGAUCGUCCAGAUCCUCCCUAGUCCACCAUCCGCGUCACGACACAUCUGCAAAUCGCUCUCCAACACCAUACGAUCCCUAUCCGACCACUACGCCUUACUACUCUCAUGCUGGGGCCAGCCCGACCGCGAAGAAGGUCUAGUUGCUCAAGAACUCGCAUUCAAUGUGGCCGGUACUCUUAGCACCCUCGACGGACCAAUCGCACUUCUACGACUCGAAUUUUCUGGCUCUCCGUUCGACAGUGAGCGCCUUGCCCAAGUCAAAAACCUCUGCCAAGAUCUGAAUCAGAACCUCGCCCGUCUGCUGUUCCUAUCCGCCUCCUUACCCGAGCAUUUCCAAAACCGCCUGGCCACCCAUUCAGGCCUCCUUGAUCAUCGUAACAUAGGUGAAAUCAUGGCGGUUCUGGGAGUGGUGGAACAAGCUCUCAAGACCGGUGACGCUCUACCCGAAGUGCUUCCUACGCCUUUACUUAAGCGCAGCUUUGAGUUUUGGCAGAAACACCAGGGGGAGCUUACUUUGACUACGGAUCUCAUUCGUGACGAUGAUUACCGCAAGUUCUGUGUGGCCAUUAGCUCUUACCUCAAAUUUUUGGCUGCGGUGGAUGAUCUUGUGCUUGUGAUGAAGGGCACGCUCGGUGAAUCUCACAUUCCACUGGCUAGGCUACCGGCCCGAAACUCCGAAGCCAUUACCAACAUACCAAAUAGCAGCAUGGUCUUUUAUCACAGCUUUCUGCGGCCUCUCGAUUACUUCACCUCCCGCAAUGUCCCAGGAAUCAUCGCUUCCUAUGGAGCAUCAGCAGUCCUCGUCUUCGGCGCCAUGGAAAGUCCCCUAGCCCAACCAAGAGCCUUGAUAUUCGGCCACUUCUUCAGCGCUCUGAUUGGUAUCUGCGUUACCAAGCUUUUCAGCCUCAUGCCAGACCAAGCCCGAUUCGAAUCACUACGAUGGCUCGCCGCUUCCUUGUCUACUUCCAUCGCUAUUGUCGUUAUGCAACUUACUGGAACGACUCAUCCACCUGCUGGUGCAACUGCGCUGCUUCCGGCUACUGAUGAUGCGGUUUGGGACCUCUCUUGGUAUUUCUUGCCUGUUGUUCUGCUGUCGUCUACUAUGCUCAUGUGUUGUGCAUUGCUGUUGAAUAACCUGCAACGCCGAUAUCCUGUGUUUUGGAUUGCGCCAUCUCCGCCACCUAAGCCUACGGAGCCGAAGUCUGCUCCGAGGCCGUCGGAUGCUUCGUCACUGCAGGGUGAUGUGCCUAAAAACUCUGUUUGA